AUGUCUGAACGACUACAAGCUACUGAUGAGAUGUGUGCUGUUUGCUUUGAUAUGCUAAUAGCUUCUCUAAGAAAUGAGCCGACUGAUUCUAUUAUUGACAGAUUUUUAACAGCAGAGACUCAAGCCAAUAUCCCUUGCCCAGUAUUUGUUACAUGGAAAAUAGGUCGUGAUAAAGACCUACGAGGCUGCAUAGGCACAUUUGAUAAAACAACAAGGAUUGGAGAAAUUGUGCCUAGAUAUGCACUUGUGUCAGCACUCAGUGACUCUCGUUUCGACCCAAUAUCCUUAAGAGAAGUUGAGCAUUUGAGUGUCUCAGUUAGUUUGCUCACGAAUUUCACUCCAAUUGAGCAUCCUUUAGACUGGGAAGUUGGGACUCAUGGGAUUCAAAUAGAUUUCAGAGUCAAAGGAAAUAGAUAUUCAGGAACUUUUCUCCCUGAAGUUUCUAAAGAGCAAGGAUGGGACCAAGCUACAACUCUGGUUCAGCUGUUCAGAAAAGCUGGCUAUAAACCGCCAAAUUCUAAUAGAAAUCCUGCAGAAAUUGUGCAAGAGAUGGCCCCUUCAUUGAGUGUGAUAACUUAUCAGAGCUCGAAAAAGUCAAUGACAUAUGCAAGAUAUCAGGCUUAUAGGGGAAUCGCUAAUUAA